AUGAGUAUAAAUACAGAUACAGGAGAGAAGCAAGGCCUCCCCACUUCGAAUGACGUCCCGUCUAGUUCGAGUGAGCCACAACCUACCGCUCACCUUCACCCGGAUUCGAGUAAUGCCCCGCAGGUAUCGGGUGCUACCAGCCUUCCUCCAGAGGGUGUCGUCGGUGAGGCGGAAGAGAAGAAGCGAAACUUCGAGCCGGGGAAAGAGCAGGAGGCGCCAACGCCGGAAGACCUGUACGACAAGGACAAGGUCGACCUGGAAACGAUAGUUAUCGACGAUGUUUUCCAGUUAUUGCAAUGUGACGAAGGUGGUUUAUCCACUGAGGAAGCUGAGAGACGCCUGGAGCUUUUCGGACCGAACAAGCUGGAGGAUAAGCAACAAAACCCGUUUCUGCAGUUUCUGAGUUUCAUGUGGAACCCGUUGUCGUGGGUUAUGGAAGCGGCCGCCCUUGUGGCCAUUGUGUUGUCUAAUGGACAGGGAUCGCCUCCGGAUUGGGAAGAUUUCUGCGGGAUCAUCUUUCUUCUUUUCGUCAACUCUGCCAUUGGAUUCUAUGAGGAGAGAAAUGCCGGCAACGCUGUCAGGGCGCUUAUGGAUGCUCUCGCCCCGAAAGCAAAGGUCAAGCGAAACGGAGCUUGGGGAGAAAUUGAGUCUGCGAUCCUUGUUCCUGGCGACAUCGUUUCGUUCAAGAUCGGAGACAUUGUUCCAGCAGAUUGUCGACUCAUAGAGGCCGUCAACGUCUCCAUCGACCAGGCCGCCCUUACAGGAGAGUCUCUGCCGCAGAAUAAGAAGGCUGGUGAUCAGUGUUUUUCGGGUUCGACGUGUAAGCAGGGAGAAGCAGAGGCCAUUGUUAUUUCAACUGGUCCCAACACUUUCUUUGGACGGGCUGCCUCUCUUGUAGGACAGGACGAUGAUACCACCGGACACUUGCAAAAGAUUCUGGCUCAGAUCGGCUCGUUCUGCCUCAUUACCAUUGGUAUAUUCGUUUUGGCCGAAAUUUUCGUUCUUUAUGCUGGUUUUCGAUUCAGAUAUCGCCGAGGAUUGGAUAACAUUCUCGUUCUAUUGAUUGGUGGAAUUCCCAUUGCUAUGCCCACAGUUCUUUCGGUCACUCUGGCUGUAGGUGCUACCCAGUUGGCAAAGUACAAGGCCAUCGUCACGCGCAUCACUGCCAUUGAAGAGCUGGCUGGCGUCACAAUCCUCUGCUCUGACAAAACUGGCACACUUACCACCAAUAAACUGACCAUUGAUCGCAAUACUAUCAAGACAUACGGUCGUUUCAGCGCUGAAGAAGUUAUUCUUCUCGCAGCAUAUGCUUCACGCGUUGAGAACCAGGACGCGAUCGAUAUGUCCGUGGUCCAAGCUUUAGGCGACUCUGCUCGUGCACGGGCAGGGAUCAAGCUUCUUGAUUUCAAGCCAUUCAAUCCAGUCGACAAGCGAACGGAGAUCACAUAUCGUGAAGAGUCCACCGGGAAACUCAAGCGCGUGACCAAAGGUAUGACGGGAAUCAUCAUCGAACUUUGCUCGAGAAACAAGACAGAAGAGCAAGAAAAGCGCCUGGAACAAGAUGUGGAAGAAUACGCUACUCGCGGUCUUCGCGCUCUUGCUGUGGCAUAUGAGGAGCUUCCUGGAGACGACUACACUGCUGAAGGCAACGGUUUUGAGCUUAUUGGGCUUCUGGCUAUUUUCGAUCCUCCUCGUUCGGACACCAAGCAAACUAUCGAUGAUGCCCUUGCUCUUGGUGUAAAGGUUAAAAUGGUAACUGGAGACCAAUUGGCUAUUGCAAAAGAAACAGGCCGCCGUCUUGGGUUGGGUGACCAUAUGUAUCCCGCCAAAGUCCUUAAGGAGGGUCCUGCGCCUGGGUCGAAGCAUGCAAAUCUAGACGAGAUGAUUAUGGAUGCAGAUGGUUUUGCAGGAGUUUUCCCAGAACACAAGUACGAGAUUGUUAAACGGCUGCAGGCGCUAGGCCAUCUUGUUGCAAUGACGGGAGACGGAGCCAACGACGCCCCUGCCCUCUCUCGUGCUAACGUCGGAAUUGCAGUCGAGGGAGCCACAGAUGCAGCUCGCGGCGCAGCCGAUAUUGUAUUGACAGAGCCUGGUCUUUCUACAAUCGUCCACGCCAUUCGCCAAUCUCGAAUUAUCUUUCAGCGUAUGCGCAACUAUGCAAUCUACGCGUGUGCUGUGACCAUCCGUAUUGUGGUUGCAUUCGCUGUUCUGGCCUUCACAUACAAGUUCGACUUCCCGCCAUUCAUGAUCCUAAUCAUUGCUCUGCUCAAUGACGGUACCAUUAUGACCCUGUCUCUUGAUCGCGUUCUUCCUUCUACUGAACCAGAUGCAUGGGAUCUCACAGAGAUUUUCUCUUACGCUAUUGCAUACGGCCUAUACCUUACCGCCUCCACUGUUGCGCUGAUUGUGGUUAUUGUGGAAACUACGUUUUUUCAGCGUAAAUUUGGUGUACAACUCAAUCGAGCUGGGCCAGUCGACAAAAAUGAUCCCCAGCUUCAUAUGAUCGCCUACCUUCAAGUUGCUAUCAUUUCCCAAGCGUUGAUCUUUGUCACUCGCUCGCAUGGUUUCUUCUUUAUGGAACGCCCUUCAGUCGCCCUGAUGCUCGCGUUCUGCGUGGCUCAACUUAUAUCCUCUAUUAUUGCUGCUUAUGGUGAUUGGGGCUUCACAAAUAUUCACUCUAUAUCCGGUGGCUGGAUUGGCAUCGUUUGGGUCUGGAAUAUCAUAUGGUUCAUCCCCCUUGACUGGGUCAAAUUUGCCAUGAAAGCGACCGUCAUCCGGCAUCUUCGCAACAAGCGGUUAGGCGAGUACGCGGAGAGUGGACCACCUCUCGAACGCACGUCAUCUCGAGUUGCCUCCAUCCAUGAAUCGCUCUAUUCUAAUCGUACCACAUUCCUCCGGAGGACCAUGCGUAAAGUGGGAUUUGGCGGAAAGGUAUCUAUGAAGCCCGAUGAGCUGAAGCGAUUCAGCAGCAUUCAAGCUGCAAAGACUGGCCAGACGCUUGCCAGGUAUCCGAGUCGAACGGCGGCAGCAGCUACGGCUGGACCAUCCCGUGUCCCAGCUCCAUUCACUACGGCCUGA